AUGAUAAACCUGCUGUCUGCAACUUCCAUAUCUUUGGGAACCGGUGUCAUCGGAGACCCUGUCUUGGUGUGGUCGGAUGAGAGCUUAAGCAAGACGGAUAACGACAGCCAGGAAGAGCCAGUUAUCAACGACGAACCUCCGCCAUUUAUUUGCAUCAUUCGGGAAAUACGCCAGCGAGUCAGAGCUGGUGCUCUGGCUCCUGUAGAAGUCGUCGGUCAGUGGAUGUACUCCGUUCACGAGAUUUCGGAUGACAGGCGGAAGUUCCAUGGUUUCAGCAGAUCCUCCUGCUCAUUAUUACCCUACAACGAACAAGAGCUAGCGGAUCGACGGCUCCUCUUCUACUCCUUUCACACGGAUCCGUUCGACGCUGAAGCAAUUGCUGGUAAAUGCACCAUUCAUAUGCUUCCACGAGCCAAGGGAUUUCCUAAGGAGGAAGAAGCAGGGGGAUUUGUGGUGCACUUCGUCUAUCGCCAUCUGGAUGGACGGAUCGUGGCCGUUGAUGACCGGAAGGCCGUCAGGAAAUCUAAUCCAGGAAGAGUGAAGGAUGAUUCCAGGCAUUUCAAGCGUUUGAGGAAGAUGAAGCAGCGAGUGGUAAGUGAUGAGGAGGAGCAACAGGGGGUGCAGGAGAUGCAGGAGAGUGAAGAGGAUAUUGGCGGUGGGGAGUUGGACGAAGACAAUAGCAAGGAUCGGAAUACGUAUGGUGUUUACCCAGGAGACCCAGGAGACUACUUGUGGAACCGACGAAGCAGGGGUGAAAGGCUGGAUGAAGGAGGUGGUGCGGAUGCAGCAACCACGAAGCAGCAGAGUAGGGAUUCGGUAGAGCAAGUGCGUGGAGAGGCAAGGACGGCUGUGGCGGAAGGGGGAGCAGUGAAGAGGUCGGCGUCGUUUAAGAGAGGUGGGGAGGAGAGGGGAGGGAAGGAGGACGGGAGAAGUGGUGCUGUUGCCCUAGCAGCAGAGAUCCUGGAGCGCGCUGGUUGCUGCACUGGCAUCCCCAAGCGGGACCACAUGCUGGAGUUGCUGCUCUCCGCUCUUCUCUCCGCAACUUCCUCGUCCCCAUGUGCCUCACCAAGGGCCUCUGCCGCUGCUUCCAUGCCUGCAAACGCCUCCUUCACUGCUGCUGCUGUUGGCGGAUCCUCUGCUGCUGCUGCAGUUCCCACAGUCAGUUCCUCCGCAGCUGCAAUUCCAACAGUCGAUUCUUCUGCAGCUGCUGCAGUUCUUACGGACAGUCCCUCUGGUGCUGCACCGGAUUCAUGUGCCCGCGAGAAGCAGCGCAACUGGGAGAUGAAGGCGGCGAGAGCGGUGGCUGAACUGGAGGAGCUCGCGAAUGAGAAGCUGGGAGAUGGCGUGGGGUCCAGAUAUACCGUCAAGCUCCGAUCCGUGCGAGCAAAUUUCAAGAGCGGGAACUGCCUCUCGCGGCGCUUCGUUCUGAGAGAGCUCUCGCCAUCAGAUGUGCUCUCCAUGUCACCAGAGGAGCUCAAGGUGAUUGCCCUAUUCGUCUCACUUCCCCCAGCCAGCAUCUGUUUUUUUAGGCGCCUUAAAAGUACACUUUUGCCAUCAGUUGUGCUCUCCAUGUCACCAGAGGAGCUCAAGGCAGGUGAAGAUUCUGGAUAUCCUCAACAGCCCCAAGGGCCAGCAGUACAAGGUGCGGUGUAUGCUGGUCACGGGGUGUGGGCGGGUGCUGCUGACUGGGAAGGAGUCAACGCGGGUCAAGGAAAGAGGGUCAACGCUGGUCAAAGGGAGGAGAUCAGAGGGAUCCGUGAUUCACGACCACGAAGGCGGUUCACAGAUCAGCCUCCCGGGCAGCAGCAGGUGCAUUGUGAGGCGACUGGUCUACACACAGAAUGGUCUACAGCUGUGCUAACAGGCAAGGGAGAGGCACAGUUAAUGCCAGCAGUGGGAUGGCACCGAUCAACCAGCGUGGUGAACUGCACUGAAGCGCACGCAAGACCUGCAAACCACAGUGCACCAAUUGUUAAGCCGGUCAUGAGGAUUCCUGGCAGUGCUGGCGUGUAUGCUGCUGGUGGCGAAGCAUAUGCUGACACCAACAUCUGGAGUGUCGCUGCUGUGCCUGUUACUGCUACUGCUCCUGCUAGUGCUGUUACCCCAACUGCUGCUACUACUGCUGCUGCUGCUGCUGCUGCUACUGCUGCUAGUCCAAGAAAUAGCACUUUUGAGUCAACCCAGAAGUCAUCUGCUGGUAGGCCAACGCAUUGUGCAGCCAGUGAGAGGGAUGGAGGUUAUAUGAUGUCACCAGGAAAAGCAGCACCAGGAGUAGCAGCCGGAGGAGUGUUCACACCAGCUGCAGCGGCGAACCUGAUUGACCUGACUGAGAGGGAUGAUGCCUUCACUCUCCCGAAAUCACCUGGCUUUUCACCUGACGUUCGGGAUCCCCCACCUGCUCUCAAGCCAGCUUCACCACUAGUGUCACCUCUUGCUUCAGCUUCCCAUGCCGUGCGCCCAUCCUCACCUGUGGUGAUUAAUCUCGACGACAUUGAUGACAUUGACAGCUCCCAGGAGUAA